AUGCUAAGUAUUGCUUUGAUAAAGUUAGAAUAAAACUGCUUUGAAGUUAAAAGAAUUGCUGAUGAUAUGCAAUAGUAAGUUGAGUAAGUAAAAAGUAGCUAUAAGAUUAUAUAAAUAAAUAGAGACCUCAAGACAGCAUAGCUUUCAAAAGAUUAAAUGCAGAAUAUACUAUUAGAAUUCUAGCAAAAGCUGAGUUAUUUGGAAUGCAUGAUGAAUCAAAUUAUGGGAUUAAAAGAUAUAUUUACUUUUAAUUUAAAUCAACUAUUAGAAUCAGAAUUGAAUGAUAGCUAAAAGAGUUACAACUAAAAGAGUCCGAAUGUCCAUAUAGAGUAUUACUUGGAGAGAGAUUAAAAAUAAAAUUAAAAUGAUAUUAAAAUUGAAGAAAAUCAAUUUGAUGAUAAUAAAAUAUUUUAUUCUUCUUUCUCCUCUUCUAAAAAGAAAAGUAAUAAUGAUUCAAUUUAAAAGGAGCAAACUGAUCAAAAAAAUUAAGAUGAAUAAGUGCAAGAGUUCGAUGAUGAUUACUUAUUUGAAAGUGGGAGUAAAUUACCUUAAGAUACUCAAAAACCUAAUUUAAAUUUAAAUGAAAAUGAAUAGUAUUCUCAUCUUAAUUUAUUCAAUCGUAAGAUUGUUAAGAAACAACCUUACAAAGUCCCAGAAAAAAUUCUUGAUGAAAAAAUUUAACACUAUAGUAUAAAAAAUUUGUAUGAUGCUAAUGUUUUUGACAUGGAUUAGAGCAAGUUGAGAAAGUAAAAAGAUAAUAAAAAAUUUUCAAAUGAUUCGAUAGCUCAAUGCAUAGAUUACUUGUAAAAAAAUAAAUAAAUUGAUUGGGGAAAAGUUUAUGAAAGUUGGAGAUAGUUAGAAUAAAUAUCAAAAAUGAAAAUUCCUAACUAUUUUUACACAGCAGAUUUUAGAAAUAACUUAAAAAUUAAAGGAGUCACAUCAAAUCUUUCAAAGUAGGAGAUUCUCGAUCUUUUUGAAUUAUCUAAACUUUUUAGGAGCCAAUCAGCUUUUUCAAAAUUUUUAUAGCUUUCUAGAGAUUAAAUUGGCAAAAUGUUUAAGAGAAAACUCGGGGUAAAGUUAGUUGAGUAAAAAUCAAUUUUCUAAUGUUUCAAUUAAAAAUGA